AGUAAGUAUGGAGUUUACAUUCAUGACUCCCAUGUCGUGAAGGCGAAUAGUUCCUUGGAGAUUCGACACAAAUGUCCUUUGGGCCGACCUUGGAAUUCUCAGCAUAGAUCGAUUUUCAGCGGAUGUUAUUUGGAUGAUAGUAUUUUGCCGGCUGGAUACAUUGAAUGGAGUUCCAGCGAUCCGAGGCUUAGUCAGAAUACGACCAUGGCGGAAUUCCGUGACUAUGGACCAGGAUUUAAUGCGACUGCGAGACGUGAAGCUGGUAAUGUGACAAUCGAGAUGACGGAAGGGGAGUAUGAGCCGUUUUCGUCACCUGAGAAGGUGUUUCAAUUUCCGUUCUCUGGAGAGUUUGGGAAUACAGCUUGGAUAGAUGCACAUCCGCAGGUAGAGCUGACGAGUGAUUACAUGUGA